GGUCAAUUGCGGCCGAUUUUUCCCGGUGAACACUGAAGUAUUCGAAACCUUGCAGUGCCAGCACACUACAUAAUUGUCUGUUUGCCCUGUACUUUGGAUGAGUCGUCGUGGGCCUUGCGACCAUCAUUCCUCUGAACUGCUAUUCUGCCUUUUGCGAAGUAGCUGCUGCCAAGUAAAACGUCUUACACCGCGCCAGUGCUUGCAGGACGACAAUUUACCUUCGGAGUGCCAACAAGUCUUCCACGCUUUCAAUCUCUGUCGUUGGGAGUUGGACUAUCCAUCAGACGUGAUUCGCUUUCUCGGACCUUCCACACCCCCAGAUGAAGUGGGCUUUGUUCAAUUUCCUCGUGGUCAUCCGGAACGGCUUGUGUCAUUUCUCGAUCGACGCUUCGGAAUUUCUGAUUGAUAUUG